ACCACCAAAACAAGAAGAAACCAAGGUGAAAACGCAACGACACACACACAGAAAAGAAAAAAGAAAAAUAAUAAAGAGGACGGGAAGGGCCGCCACGUCGUAGGCGAAGACGGCCCACUUCCUCCUCCUCUCUCGGCUUCUCCUCCAUCCAUCCAUCCAUCCGGGCAAGGCGGCGAGCGCAGGCGGCCGCACGAGAGCGCUUGCUUGCUCGCUCGCUCGCUCGCUCUUCGCUAUGGUGGCCCCCAUGGAGGUGGACGGCCCCUGCGGCUGGGACUUCGUCGACUGGGUCGGCCCCGACGCCUCUGCCUGCAUCUUCCGCUCCCUCGACGACCCCGCCGACAUUGUCCGCGCCGCCGCCGUCUCCCGCUCCUGGCGCCGAUUCGUUGUGGGGAACGAAUUCAGCAAGAGCUUGUGCCUGCGGAUAUGCCCAGAGAUCGCCAAUUUCACGAGCGCGGAAGAGGUGAACCGAUCGCCGCAGCCGCAGCCAAUCGCGCGGGCUGCCGAGUCCAGCCAUGGCGUCGAGCUCAAGGCCCGCGAGAGGGACUACAGAAUUUACUCUUACCUCAGCGGCGCCCUCGCCUCCACCAAGCCCUCCAUGGACUGCAUCCUGCAAUGCAUCGGCGCGUCCAGCACCGACAACUUCCCAGAAGAGAGCAUCGAGAACACGCUCAUGCCAAAUGAUCGGGUCAAGAACCGAGCCUCCUACUGGUCCAGCGGCGGGCAGGACGAUCCCGACGCGCCAGAGAGCUUGACCUACAGGCUCAACUCUGAUAUAUGCAUCAUAGAUGAGAUUAGGCUGCAACCGUUCAAAGCUUAUUUUCAGAAUGGAUAUCCUAUAUACUCUUCAAAGGCAGUGAGAUUCCGGAUGGGCCAUUCCAAGCUUCCUCAUGGGUCGGAAUCCUUUGUUACGGUUGAGGAUGAGAAUCUAAUGGCAAUUGCUGACGACAAUUAUGUGUGGUCUUACACUUCACCAGAGUUCCCUAUGUUGCAGGAAAAUGUGCUGCAAUCCUUCAAGCUCCCGCGCCCAGUCCUUUGCAUUGGUGGUGUAGUGAAGGUUGAACUAUUGGGGAGAGUACAAAAGCAGGAAGCAGAUGAUAGGUAUUACAUAUGUGUCUGCCAUGCUCAAGUGAGAGGGCGUUCACUUUCUCCAGUUUUCAUGGUUGAUACCUCGGAUCCUGCGGGCUAUUCAGUCCUCAAGUACUUACCGGAGGCAAAAAUUCUACGCGCCGAGGACGCGAUGCUGGACGAUGGCAGAGAAUCACUAGAGUGGCACUCCCUUGUUGCUAGGUACAGGCGGAUGAGGCAUCUAGCGAUAAUGAAUGUGCUUCUUGGACCUGUAGAAUUGAUGGAUGAAGAUGAUUUAGGUGGUGUAUCAGACGAAGACCCUUUCGUGUAGGCUUGCUUCCACAGAACCACCCGUGUUUUACUCUCUGUAGUUAGUUUUCCUUGCAGACAUCUGCGAAACAUUCUGUAACCUCGUUGACGAAAAUACAGCUCUUCUGGUCAAGUGAAGAACAAAUGGAUUAUAACUCGGUCCGUCUCGAUUAUAUUUA